AUGUCUGUUGUGGCCGACCAAGUCCGUCGCUUAGACGCGCAGCUGGAUCGGAUCCCUCUGGGCUUGAGCCUCUCCCAAGAAGAUGGCGAGCUCUCUGCCGAGGAGCAUGGCAUUUUCAACUCUGCUACGGUAGACGCCUUGUCGUCACCAAGAAUCGACGAGCUUCUCCACAUCGCGAGAGCUCUGUCCACCACCUCGUCCUCGCUCUCCCUGCUGCCUUCCCAGAAAAUCCGUGCUCUUUUGCUUCAGUCAAAACUCGCCGAAUGGGACUUCCACGCGGAGCAGAACCAGGGGGCUGGACGAGGCCACUACCAAUCCGAAAUUGAAUGGCUACUCAUCAGCAAAGCCACAGUGCAAACCUAUGGGAUUAUCUUGAACACUCUCCUGGACCAGAUCAUUCCUCUGAGUGACGAGAUGUGGUACUGGGACGAGGUUUUGAGCUCUUACACCUAUAGCAGUCUCUACACUGUCCAGACAUCGCCCUUGCGUCUUUGGGCUCUGACUAAGGAUGUCUACCAUGAGAGCAAGCAUCGGAUACAAAACCUCAGCCACGCGCCAGGAGACCUUGUCGAAUCAACAAGAACUGGCCUAAGCCAGCAAUGGAGACAAUUUUAUGGAAUCGUACGAGACAGCAUCAGGGACUCGUCAAUUACGACUCUCCAGCGCAAGGUCCUUUCGCCAGUGGCCCUUAGCCGUGGGGAAGCCAGGAGAAAGCUAGCGCAUCUCAAACGUCUGCGAGACAUGAUAGCCAGCGGGCUCGGCGUGCUUGUUGAUGAAGGACUGACAUUCGGCGGAGACGACGACGACGACAAGAGCGAGGCAGGUGUCAACAGCCAUGACUGGAAAGGCGUGGUGGAGAGGAGCGUGGCCCUAAUGGACAUGGUCCUCAAGGAAGCUCUGGUUCUCGAGUCGGGGGUUGCCGAGUUCGAAGACAAGGUGUUCGCCGGAGUUGAGGAAGAUCCAGAACUUAGUAUCCAUAUCGAGGACGCCAACGCCGUGGAGAAGCCUUCUGUUCUCGCCAGACGCCUCCUUAACAUUCUCGAUACCGGUCUCCCCACCCAUGUCGCCGCGGCGCAGAUGCUUGUUCGCGAUAACGGCCGCCCGUCAAGAUUCAUUCGAUACUGGCUGCCAGCGACGGCAGCCCUGCUGUCGUCGACGACCAUUCUCCGACUUCUCGCCAACAGACGUGCCGAGAUUCUCGGCUGGGUUCAGGACAUUGGCGCCACGAUGCGCGACUUUUGGUUCAACUGGGUUGUUGAGCCGACACGCAAGAUUGUGGGAACUAUCCGUCACGACUCAAGCAGCGAGAUCGCCAUCAUGAGUCGAGACAGCCUGAAGGCCGACCGAGAAAGCUUGGAGCGCAUGGUUGUGGACUUCGCCCUGGACAAGCCUCACUUUGCAGGUGAUGGUUCCUCGCUCACCGAUGCUCAGAUUGCCACCAUCAGAACCAAGGUCAGCGAAGGAGAUGUCACGCCGGUGCUCCGCGCAUUCGAAAAGGACCUGAGGACUCCGUUCGUGGGCGCAAUCAAGGGCGACCUCGUCCGGUCUCUUCUCAUCCAAGUGCAGAAGACCAAGGUCGACCUGGAGGUGGCCAUCAGCGGCAUCGAUUCGUUGCUUAAGAGCCAGGAACUGGUCUUUGGCUUUGUGGGCCUGACUCCCGGUGUGCUCGUGUCGAUUGGCAUUGUUCAGUAUCUUCGCGGCAUCUUUGGCGCCCGCAAGGGAGCCCGUCAUAGCCACAAGGCUGGAAAAAGCAUCAGAGUGUUGCGCAACAUUGACCGAAUAUUUUCGGAGGCGACGCCAUCGCAGAACAACCUUCUCUCAUACAAGGACCACGGUCUUCUUCUGUGCGAGGUGCACGUGCUGCGCAACCUGAUGCAGAGAGUGCUGCCCCGCGACAGGCAGAGAGAGUUUCUCGAGGAUUUGGAUGAUCUGGCCAACCUGAAGGGCAUUCAGGUGCAGGUUAGAGCGUUGGAUCGCAUUCGCUGGGCCUACGCCAGGUGGCUGCAGUAA